AUGGCUUCGUUGUCUGCUCCCAUCUCCCCACCCAUGGAGUCCACCGGUGACCGUUUGAUGACCUUGGAGACCAAGGACGGUCACGCGUUGCAGGGUUACUCCUUCGGUGCUCCGGUGUCUGCUGCCGGUGAAGUGGUGUUCCAAACCGGUAUGGUUGGAUACCCCGAGUCCGUCACCGACCCAUCCUACGAGGGCCAGAUUUUGGUCAUCACUUACCCUCUCGUGGGCAACUACGGUGUGCCCGACAGAGACUUGAAGUGCGACAUUGUCGAGCAGUUGCCCAAGUACUUCGAGUCCAACCGCAUCCACAUUGCCGGUUUGGUGGUGGCCCACUACACCGAGGAGUACUCUCACUUCUUGGCCAAGUCUUCCUUGGGCCAGUGGUUGCAAAAGGAGGGCAUUCCUGCCAUUUACGGCGUGGACACCAGAGCCUUGACCAAGAAGUUGAGAGACAAUGGUUCCACUUUGGGUAGACUCUCGGUGCAGAAGGAGUCCACCAAGCACGACGACGUGCUCGGUCAACAGGACUGGCAACAGUACUUCGACGUUCCCGAAUGGGACGACCCCAACGUGAAGAACUUGGUUGCCAAGGUCUCGACCAAGGAGCCUGUUUUGUACACGCCAAAGUCCAACGUCAGAACCGACAAGAACGGCAAGCCCAUCCGGAUUGUUGCUGUGGAUGUGGGCAUGAAGUACAACCAGAUCCGCUGCUUCGUUGCCAGAGGUGUUGAGUUGAAGGUGGUUCCUUGGGACUACGACUUCACUGUUGAGGAGUACGACGGUUUGUUCAUCUCGAACGGUCCUGGCGACCCUCAAGUCAUGACCGAAACCGUUGCUAGAUUGGAGCGUGUCAUGAAGGAGGGCAAGACUCCUGUCUUCGGUAUUUGUUUGGGUCACCAGUUGUUGGCCAGAGCUACCGGUGCCGACACCAUCAAGUUGAAGUUCGGUAACCGUGGCCACAACAUCCCAUGUACAUCCACCACCUCUGGAAGAUGUUACAUCACUUCUCAAAACCACGGUUACGCUGUCGAUGCUUCCACUUUGUCUUCCGGCUGGAAGGAGUUGUUUGUCAAUGCCAACGACCAAUCCAACGAGGGUAUCUACCACGAGAGCAAGCCAUUUUUCUCUGUUCAAUUCCACCCAGAGUCUACCCCAGGCCCAAGAGACACUGAAUUUUUGUUUGACGUGUUCAUCAACGCCGUUGUUGACUUCAAGAACACUGGUGUCUACAAGGCUGUUGAGUUCCCAGGUGGUAACAUCGAUGAGAACAGAGCUGCUCACCCUAGAGAAAACGUCAAGAAGGUCCUUGUCUUGGGUUCUGGUGGUUUGUCCAUUGGCCAAGCCGGUGAGUUUGACUACUCUGGCUCUCAAGCUAUCAAGGCUUUGAAGGAAGAAGGUAUCUACACGAUCUUGAUCAACCCCAACAUCGCCACGAUCCAGACUUCCAAGGGUUUGGCCGACAAGGUCUAUUUCUUGCCUGUCAACCCUGAGUUUGUCAGAAAGGUUAUCCAAUUCGAGCGCCCCGAUGGUGUCUACUGUACUUUCGGUGGUCAGACUGCUUUGUCUGUUGGAAUUGCUUUGAAAGACGAGUUCGAGGGUUUGGGCGUCAAGGUCUUGGGUACACCAAUUGACACUGUCAUUACCACCGAGGACAGAGAGUUGUUCGCCAGUGCCAUGGAUGAGAUCAACGAAAAGUGUGCCAGAUCUGAGGCUUGUACCACAGUCGAAGAGUGUGUGGAUGCGGCCAACGCCAUCGGAUACCCAUUGAUUGUGAGAGCUGCCUUUGCAUUGGGUGGUUUGGGCUCCGGUUUUGCUGACAACGAGGAGGAGUUGGUUGCCUUGUGUUCCAAGGCUUUCGCCACCUCAUCCCAAGUUCUUGUGGAGAGAUCCAUGAAGGGCUGGAAGGAAGUUGAAUACGAAGUUGUUCGUGAUGCCUUCGACAACUGUAUCACUGUGUGUAACAUGGAGAACUUCGAUCCUUUGGGUAUCCACACUGGUGACUCUAUUGUUGUUGCUCCUUCGCAAACCUUGUCUGACGAAGACUACAACAUGUUGAGAACUACUGCUGUCAAUGUUAUCAGACACUUGGGUGUUGUCGGUGAGUGUAACAUCCAGUACGCUUUGAACCCAUUCUCCAAGGAGUAUUGCAUUAUUGAGGUGAACGCAAGAUUGUCUCGUUCUUCUGCUUUGGCCUCCAAAGCUACUGGCUACCCAUUGGCUUACACUGCCGCCAAAUUGGGUUUGAACAUUCCUUUGAAUGAGAUCAAGAACUCUGUCACCAAAUCUACCUGUGCCUGUUUCGAGCCAUCUUUGGAUUACGUCGUCGUCAAGAUUCCAAGAUGGGACUUGAAGAAGUUCACCAGAGUCUCUUCCUUGUUGUCUUCGUCCAUGAAGUCUGUUGGUGAGGUCAUGUCGAUCGGUAGAACUUUCGAAGAAGCUAUUCAAAAGGCUAUCAGAUCCGUUGAUUACCAAAACUUGGGCUUCAACAAGACCAACGCCUUGAUGUCCAUCGACAUUGACAGCGAAUUGCAAACUCCUUCCGAUCAACGUUUGUUCGCGGUUGCCAAUGCUUUGUCUGACGGCUACUCUGUUGACAAGGUCUGGAAAUUGACCAACAUUGACAAAUGGUUCUUGAACAAGUUGGACGGUUUGAUCAAGUUUGGUAACAAGAUUGCUGGCUAUGGUGUCAAGGAAAACCUUCCAAUUCCAGUGUUAAGACAAGCUAAGCAAUUAGGUUUCGAGGACAGACAGAUUGCCAAGUUCUUGGGCUCGAACGAAGUUGCCAUCAGAAGAUUGAGAAAGGAGGCCGGUGUUAUACCAUUCGUCAAGCAGAUUGACACUGUGGCUGCCGAGUUCCCUGCUUUCACCAACUACUUAUAUGUCACCUACAACGCUGACUCUUCUGAUGUUACCUUUGAUGACCACGGUGUUAUUGUCUUGGGCUCGGGUGUCUACAGAAUUGGUUCCUCGGUUGAGUUCGACUGGUGUGCUGUCAGAGCCAUUAGAACCUUGAGAGAGAACAAGUUCAAGACGAUCAUGAUCAACUACAACCCUGAGACUGUUUCCACUGACUACGACGAGGCUGACAGGUUGUAUUUCGAGACCAUCAACUUGGAGAGAGUCUUGGAUAUCUAUGACUUGGAGAACUCUGCUGGUGUUAUCAUUUCUAUGGGUGGACAAACUUCCAACAACAUUGCUUUGACUUUGCACCGUCAAAACGUCAAGAUCUUUGGUACUUCCCCUGAGAUGAUUGACUCUGCUGAGAACAGAUACAAGUUUUCCAGAAUGUUGGACAGAAUUGGUGUUGACCAACCAGCUUGGAAGGAGUUGACUUCUUACGAGGAAGCCGAAGAGUUCGCUGACUUGGUCACUUUCCCUGUGUUGGUUCGUCCUUCUUACGUGUUGUCUGGUGCUGCCAUGAACACUGUCUACUCCAAGGCUGACUUAGCUUCUUACUUGUCUCAAGCUGUUGACGUGUCUCCUGAUUACCCUGUGGUUAUCACCAAGUACAUCGAGAACGCCAAGGAAAUUGAGAUGGAUGCCGUUGCCAAGGAUGGUAAAAUGAUCAUGCACGUUGUUUCCGAGCACGUUGAGAACGCAGGUGUCCACUCUGGUGACGCCACUCUUAUUGUCCCACCUCAAGACUUGGACCCUGAGACUGUCAGAAGAAUCGUUGAGGCCACUGCCAAGAUUGGUAUGGCUUUGGACAUCACCGGUCCUUACAACAUUCAAUUCAUUGCUAAGGACAACGACAUCAAGGUUAUUGAGUGUAACGUGCGUGCUUCUCGUUCCUUCCCGUUCAUCUCCAAGGUUGUUGGAACUGACUUGAUCGAGAUGGCCACCAAGGCGAUCAUGGACAUUCCUGUGACUCCAUACCCUGGUGAGAAAUUACCCGAGGACUACUGUGCUGUCAAGGUUCCUCAAUUCUCUUUCUCAAGAUUGGCUGGUGCUGAUCCAAUUUUGGGUGUUGAGAUGGCUUCUACUGGUGAGGUUGCUACUUUCGGUAGAAACAAGUAUGAGGCCUAUUUGAAGUCUUUGAUUUCGACUGGUUUCAAAUUGCCAAAGAAAAACAUUUUGUUUUCCAUUGGUUCUUUCAAGGAGAAGCAGGAAUUGUUACCCGCUAUCAAGAAGUUGCAUGAGAUGAACUACAAGUUGUUUGCCACUGCGGGUACCGCUGACUUUAUCAAGGAACACGGUGUGCCAGUUCACUACUUGGAAGUGUUGAGCAAGGAAGAAGAUCAAAAAUCUGAGUAUUCUUUGACUCAGCAUUUGGCCAAGAACUUAAUUGAUUUGUACAUCAACUUGCCGUCUGCCAACCGUUUCCGUCGUCCUGCGAACUACAUGUCCAAGGGUUACGAGUCUCGUCGUAUGGCUGUUGAUUACUCUAUCCCAUUAGUCACAAACGUCAAGUGUGCCAAGUUGUUGAUCGAGGCUCUUUCCAGAGCUCCGAACAUGGAGGUUUCCAACAAUGAUGCUCAAACCUCUCACGCCACCACGACCUUACCCGGCUUGGUCAACAUCUCAUCUUUUGUUCCAUCCUUGAAGGACUUUGAGCAGACUACAAAGACUGCUUUGGCUUCUGGUUUCACUUUCAACGCUUUCUUGCCUCAGACCGUUUCGGGUACGACUAUUGCCGAUGCCAAUGCUUUAGGGGAAGCUAUUACUGCCGCUUCUGAGUCCGCAUACACUGACUUCACUGUUUACGUUGCUGGCUCAGAGACGAACUCUGCUGAAAUCGCUUCUGCUUCCGCUUCCGCUGGUGCUUUGUACUUGCCAUACAACGACUUGGCUAGCUCUAAUGUUGCUUCGAUCUCUGCUCAGUUCACUGCUUGGCCUGCUAACAAGCCAAUCAUCACUGAUGCGAAGGCUACUGACUUGGCCUCUGUGUUGUUGUUGGCUUCUUUGAACCACCGCUCGAUUCAUAUCACUGGUGUUUGCUCCGCAGAAGACUUGGGCUUGAUCAAGAUGGCCAAGACUGGUGGCUUGCAAGUGACCUGCGAUGUUUCUGUGUUCUCUUUGUUCCUUUCUCAAGCUGACUACUCUCAGUUCAGCUUCUUGCCAACUGAGAAGGACCAGGCUGCUUUGUGGAGUGCACUUGAGGACAUCGACUGUUUCACCAUUGGUGUCACCCCAUACUUGGUUGCCAAGGGACUUGGUUACGACAUUGUGCCCGGCUUGGGCUCAAAGGAGACUUUACCCUUGUUGGUUUCUGCUGUCAAGGAUGGCAAGCUCACCAUCGAGGAUAUCGUGAAGCGUUUCUCUACCAACCCGGCUAGAAUCUUUAACAUUUCUCAACAAGAUGCUUCGGUUGACAUUGACCUUGACAGAGUUUACAAAGGAGAUGACUUCACGUCCGCUGUUUUCAAGAACGUGAACUUGAGAGGUUACAUCGAGAGAGUUUCUCACCACGGUGAAACUGUUUGCUUGGACACCGUGAUUUUGUCCAGCGUUGCAUCUGGUCAGAAUGGUGCUCAAGCCAGAGACAGAUUUGGUUCAGUUACUGCUGUCCCACCAUCUCCAAGCAUGGGCCACCGCAGGGUGAGCAGAGCUUCUUUCAACAGCGGCCGCCGUCCAUCUCUUCUCAAGGAGAACACCCAACAAGGUGACUUGGAGAAGUUGGGAUCGGAGUUGGUUUCUCAACCUCCCGCCAACUUGUCUGAAGGUGACGCUCUUGUGAACUACAUCAGAAAGAACAACACCUUUUUGAGAAACUCUGUUUUGUCCGUGAAGGACUUCACUCGCUCCGACAUGCAUGCUUUGUUCACUGUUGCUCAAGAGAUGAGAUUGGGUGUUGAGAGACAAGGCGUUUUGGACUUGUUGAAGGGCAGAUUGUUGGCUACUAUGUUUUACGAGCCAUCCACCAGAACCUCCUCUUCUUUCGAUGCUGCUAUGCAAAGAUUGGGUGGUAGAGUUGUCGCCGUUGCUGCUGACUCUUCCUCUGUCAAGAAGGGUGAGACUUUGCAGGACACCAUCCGUUCUUUGGCUUGCUACUCCGAUGCCAUUGUCUUGAGACAUCCAUCUGAGGAGUCUGCCGAUAUUGCUGCCAAAUACUCUCCAGUUCCAAUCAUCAACGGUGGUAACGGUAGCAAGGAGCACCCAACGCAAGCUUUGUUGGACUUGUUCACCAUCAGAGAAGAGUUGGGAACUGUGAACGGUAUCACUGUGACUUUCAUGGGCGACCUCAAGUACGGCAGACCUGUUCACUCUUUGUUGUACUUAUUGCGCCACUACCAAGUGCGUGUGCAAUUGGUGUCUCCUAAGGAAUUGGCCUUGCCUUCUUCCAUCAAGGAAAUGUUGAAGGAGAACCAAAUGUUGAUCUCUGAGACGGAGGAGUUGACUCCAGAGAUCAUUGCCAAGUCCGAUGUCUUGUACUGCACCAGAGUGCAGGAGGAGAGAUUUGAGAACAAGGAGACUUACUUGAGAUUGAAGGACACUUAUGUCGUUGACAACAGAAUCUUGUCUCAUGCCAAGCAACACAUGUGUGUGAUGCACCCAUUGCCAAGAACAUCUGAGGUGAAGGAGGAGGUUGACUUUGACCAAAGGGCUGCGUACUUCAGACAAAUGAGAUACGGCUUGUACAUAAGAAUGGCCUUGUUGGCCAUGGUGAUUGGCGUUGACUUCUAA